AAUUCCUAUAGUUGGCAAAACUGUGACAAAAUUUGAUACAAUAUCAGAACGUAGUUUAUCCUCAUUCCUCGGCUUGAGUGUAAAAAUUCCGAAUAUUCACGUAAUAAGGAAACUGGCAUCGAUUGUUCCUCGUGGUGAAUGAUCGUACUAAGAAUAAUACAAUAGAAGAUUUAAUAAUACUUAUGUAGAAAUAAAGAGGGAAAGCAUGGUUUCGGUGAUGCAGCCAUUCAUGGAUGUUGAAAGUUCAAGGAGCUACAUCGAUGAGCUGUAUUCGCCGGAUCCUCAUAAAUGUUUACAAGCAAUUAUAUGCCUUAAAAAUUCUGUAAUUGGAAGCAAUAGACAAAAAGGUUCAGUGAUAGCACAAGGUGUAGUACCUCGAUUAUUACAAUUACUUGGUAAUACAUCUGGUCCACUCUCAGAGCGUAUACAGCUAGAAUCAGCUGUAACAUUAGGUUCUUUGGCUAAGGGUACUGAUCAACAUGUCUUAGCUCUCAUUGAUCUGGGUGUGGUACCAUUACUUCUUCAAGUUUUGCUUUCUAUGCCUAUCUCUGAUGCAGAAGGAAAAGGAAAAAUUUUAGAUUUAUUAAAUGAAGCAUGCUUGCGUUGCUUACGUACAGUGUUCCAACACACCGCAGCACCUGUUCAUUCUAUAUACCAGGAUCCUGCUUUGGUGCCACGUUUAUUAUCAUUAGCAAGCAGAUCUGUUACUUGUCAAGUUUGUGUAGCAACCAUCUUAACAACGGCAUGUAAGACUGCGGAGGAACAAAAUGCCCUUUCUAAAGGAGGAGCGGUUGAAACAUUAGCAAUGCAACUCGAUUCGCCAUUAGCUGAUGUACAAUUGCCUGCAUUGGCUUGUCUUGCAAAUAUGUGCUAUCAAAAUCAUAUGGUGUCUGCUAUGGUUGCUGCAGCAACAACAAGUAAUACUCUUAGAGGUAAACUUGUGCCCGUAGCGUUAGGACAAUUGAUGGGACGUGAGAGAAGUUCAUUAGUCCAACUGGAAGCUGCAAGAUGUAUAGCAUAUAUGCAUAGAGCUGGUGCAUUACCGUCUACAGAUCCGAGAGUCGUAUAUCGUGCUUUACCUUGUCUUGUGAGACUUUGUCAUAGAGAUCGACCACCACGAGAAAGAAUAGCCGCAGCAGAGACAUUAGCUUAUCUUACAGAAGUUGAUACUGAUUUGCAACGUUUAGCUUCUAUUAGUAAUCACCUUAUUCCAACAUUAGCCGAAUUAUUGAGACCACAUUCACAGGUACAAGAUGCGACAUUAACACAAGAUAUGCGCCAAGCUGCAUUUAGAGCUUUUGCUUCUCUUGGUGCUAAUGAUGAAGACAUUCGAAAGCGCAUCAUUGAAACAGAAAGUUUAAUGGAACAAGUUGUUUCUGGUUUACAAGAUCCUGGUGGUCCUCGAGUUCGUUUAGCUGCAGUUAGAUGUUUACAUUCUCUUUCUAGAAGUGUACAACAGCUUCGUACAACGUUUCAAGAUCAUGCAGUUUGGAGGCCCCUUAUGCAAUUACUUCAUGGUGCAGAUAAAGGGUUGGAAGGUAGAACAGAAAGUGAAGAUGAUUUAUUGACCGUUGCCUCAAGCACUUUGUGUAAUUUAUUAUUAGAAUUCAGUCCAAGUAAAGAACCAAUUCUUGAAUCUGGUGGAGUAGAACUAUUGUGUUCUCUUACCAAACGACCUGAUCCAGCAUUACGACUAAAUGGCAUUUGGGCUUUAAUGAAUGUUGCUUUUCAAGCGGAACAACGUGUUAAGUCACAAAUAUUAUCUUGCUUAGGCACUGACCAAAUCUUUCGUCUUUUGGCUGAUCCAGAAUUAGCAGUUUUAAUGAAGACCCUUGGUUUGUUACGAAAUUUGCUUUCUACAAAAGCACACAUAGAUCGUAUAAUGGGUGAACAUGCAGCUCAUUUUAUGCAAGCAGUUAUAUUAGUAUUAGAAGAUCCAGAACACCCAGCGGAUGUAAAGGAACAAGCUCUCUGUAUUUUGGCAAAUGUAGCCGAUGGUGAUCGCGCCAGAGACCAUAUUAUGGCUAAUGAGGAUGUUUUAAAGAAGCUAAUGGAUUAUAUGAUGCAUAGCAAUGUGAAGCUACAAGUUGCAGCAAUUUUUUGCGUAUGCAAUUUAGUGUGGAGAGAAGAACCUGGAGCAGCACAACGUCAAGCACGUUUAAAAGAAUUAGGCCUUUAUCGUAUUCUUCAACAAUUACGUCACACGAAAGAUUCUCAACUAUUUGAUAAAGUAAAAACUGCCAUGGCACAAUUCUACGAUGCAUGAACAUUGAUCAUGUUAAUGACGAAGGUUAGAUUUUAAAUUUGUGAAUUUUUUAUUUGAAUGAUAUUAUUUGAUGUAGAAUUAAUACUGUGAUCUUGUGCUUUUGUUAAUACAUAAGCAUCUUAAACCUACUGAAAUAAGGUGAAAAUAAUAUUUCUAAGCCUGAGCUUGUAGCUUAUUUACAUUAUAUUUAUUUUAUUUAAAGAAAAAGAAUUAUCUUAAAGAAUAAUCUAAGAAUGAACAUAUACCUUACGUAUAUAGGAGAGAGGGUAUGAAUGCUGCUUGGUACCUUCUGAGUACCUUAUAAACAGAAGUUUUUAAUUCGAGUUCUCGAUUGCAAUAAGAAAAAUCAAACAUUUAGAAACAUUACAAAUACAAGAGAAUAUGAGAGUGCUUAUAUACAUUCGAUGUUUCAGUGCAUCUUCUGGCAAAUUGUACUAUAAUCUUUACAUAGUAAUCAAAUAAUACAUUUUAUUAUCGUGAGAACAAAAUUUUUUUUCAUAUAUUUUAAAUAAAUAUUUGACUGGUAGAUCUUAAUACAUGUUUGGAGCUUGUAUUAUCUUUGGUAGAGAGCUUGUAUGAAAAAUUUAUGAAAUGGAAAUAUAUCUCUUUAUCAUGGUUAUGUUAAAACCAUAUUCUUAAAAUAUAUAAAUUUAAUUAUAUUUUUAAUUAUUUUGAAUAGCUUAAAUGCAGGUAUAUAUUUAUGCAAUCACUUAAUGUUGAUAACAGAUGAACAUUUCAUCAACACUCAGUAUGCAUAAUGAAAAAUAAAGGAUCAUUCUUUGUCCUGUUUAUCAGAUGCAACUAAUCAUGUUGUGACAAUGCCAUAUCGACGUCAUAAAAGUUACACAGGUGCAUCCCCAUCACUACCUAAGCUUUCCAUUGGAUUAUUAGCUAGUGGAUCGAGUUCUGCAAAUAAAUCUAACCAUGAAUUACCUUUGCCCUUUCCAAUCCUAUUUUUUUUCUGCAAGAAAUACAUGUACCAUUAAUCAAAUGUCAUAUAUGUAAACAUGGAAAGUACUUUGGGUAUCUUAAUGUAAAAAAUGACCUUAUCAUCUGUAUUUGUAAGUUGCAUAUCCUUUUGUCCAACACCAAGUGUUGCAUCACCUAAACUUUGUUUUAAUAUAUUUGGUGGCAAAAAGGUAUCAUUUAAUAUAGCAUCCCACUCAUUUGAGUUACUACAUUCAUCUUUGUCAUUGAUAAUAUCACUUAAAAGUGCAGAAUUUUCUGAAGUCAAUAAUUGUAGUGGUUGACUACUUUGGCUUUCUGAUACUGUAGAAGAGAGAUCUGUUAAGUUAAAACCUGUAUCGCAUAUAUCAAAUACAUCCAUUGCCAAAUCCAGUUCUGACAAACUUUUAUCUAUAUCUAAAUGAGUUUUCAUAUUUAUUUUGUCUAUUUUUUGUUUGUUAUCAUUUAUAGAUUUAUUUAUUUCAAGAUUCAGAUCUCCAAAAAAUUGAUCGAGCUCUUUGUUAUGUUCGCUAUUAAGAUGUUCUACCAUUCCAUUUUUGGUUGAACUUGGACUAGUAUUUAAAUCUUUUGACUCCAAUAUAUCUUUUGGGUCAGAUUCGAUAUCUAAGAGUUUCUCAUUUUGUUUGUCUAUACAUUCUGUAAUUGGUUUUACCUCUUCAGCUUCCUCAACAUUAUCAUGAUAAUCCGUUUCAAAAAAUAAUAAUCUGAAAUAAAAAGGAUAGGUAUUUCAUUAGUAAAAAAAGUUCUUAUAUUACAAAUAAUCAUAUUUAAAAAUUUUAACUUACUUAUCCUUAUUGUCAGGAUCAUCAUCUCCCCCGGUUUCCUGCGCCAAUUUAGAAGAGGUUUCUGCAAGUUCUCUUACAACCAUAAAAUCGUAUCUUUGAUAGCCUUUGAAGCUAUUCGCUAUUGUAGAAUAAGCUUGUGCAGAUUUUUUAGUAAAAUUAAGCAGAGUACUUUGAUAUAAAACUAAAGCAUGGCUAAACAUAUUACAUCUGGCUGCAGCUAAUAAAUCUACUUUCUGUAGGCAGUCCAAAGCCAAGUUAUCAAACGCCAGUUUCCCUCUAUAUUUUAAAUAAAGAAAUAUAUGUGGUAAUCUAUAUUAUAGAUAGGAUGGUUCAUAUUACUUCCAAACAAAGUAUUAUUAAUUAUAGAUAAAAAGACUUACUGUCUGACACGUGUUUGAACCUUUCGAAAUCUCUCCAAUUGUUUAGAGGUAUCCGGAUCCAAUUCUUGAGAAAUAUUUUUCAUCCAUGAUAAUGCAGCACGAUAUUCUGUCCGUGCUUUUUCCAUUGACUGAACAUUUUGCAAGGUAUCUUCGAUAGCUCUUUGCCUAAAUGUUUCAACCUCUUGAUAUAACCUUCCCAAUGGUACUCUUAGCGCAAGUCUUUGUUGUCCAGAAUAAGACAAUGAUUUUCCAACAGCUAACAUCAUUUUGCCAGCUCUUGUUUUAUCUUGUUUACCAGCUUCUUUUAGAAAACGACCCAUAGUAUUUUCUUCUUGCGCAAGAUCUAAUUAUCAGAGAUACGAUAGUUAUAAAUAUUAUUGUCUUAUCACUAUUCGAUUUAGGAUCACACUUACUGCAUAAUCUUUCUUGAUAUUUAUCAAUAACUCUUUGCAAAUAGGAACAGGAUUCUUGAAUACUACGAAAUAAUUCAAGUUUGGCAUCCAAUUCUGCAUCCGAAGCAACUAUGCAGUCAUCUUCUUUUUUUCCUAAUUUACGAGAUAAGGCUUGUUUUGUUACCCAAUAUUGAUGUUGCAUCUUAAUAAUCGGAGAAUCAUUUUGUGCAUUUGACUUCUGUAUCCAACGAUCAAAUGAAUUUCCCGAUAUUCCUGAAUUGUUUCUGUCACUUUUAACAUAGAACAAUUUUUUAUUUUAUUUGAUGUAAUAGAAAAUAAUUUGAUUAAAAAAAUUGAGUAUGUAUCAUAUUUA